GCUAUCCAGUAGUCAGUGCUGCGAGCAGACUUGCUGAAAGCUCUGAAGACUUGAAGAUUUUCUGCAAUCUGUGAAGCGUCAAGACGGCAGAUAGAUGAAAUGCAUGCUGAUUCUAUUACAUGGAUGCUCCGUCAUGUAUUACAAUUUUUAGAGAGAUUUGUUCUUGUUCUGGGGAUACACUCACAGAAGGUCACAUAGGAUUAUUUGGUUUUGUUUGGUUCGGUUCAUUGAAGACUGGAGUAUUAUCUGUUUUGGGAUUUAAUAUAUCUAUUUAUAUAUAUUUCAUGGGAAAAGCCAGAGCUCUGUGGAAGCCAUUGAACAUUUACUUUCCUCUGGAAUUUAAGUGUCUUCUUACUAUCAAGUAAGCAAGAAUGUGUAUGCAAAACAUUCAUUUUUCACAGUAAGAAAAAUGGAAAUAGUGUGCUAAGACAAUUGUAAGAGGUUGGCACUGAAAAAGAUAUGCUUUUCCUCUCGCUCUUAUUUUUUUUAAGAUAAGCAAAAACUGAGAAUUGGGAUGGGGGGGAAACAGUCGAUUGUUCUGUAAAUUUUCCAGACCUGUUCUAAUAUACAAUAAAUUAUUUUAUUGUGAUGUGCUGGGAGGGUGACGUGGUGUGAACUGUAUUUUUUCUCAUUCAUGUUUGUUGCAGUAAAACAUGCUGAGGAAACACUAUGUAUGGUAUGGAGAAACAAAACAUAGGGGAAAAGUAAUAGCAAGGCAGAGUCCGUUCUCCACCCCCUACUGUCAGCCUUUCCUGAAUAUAAUGAUUCACAAGGUAGAGAGAUGACAAGUCAAACCUGCUUUCUAGGACACAAAUUCAGUGAAAAUAUUGCUAGGUACAAUGAACUUGACUUCAUUCACAAAAGCAGGGUUUUGUUUUGGUUGUCAGUAAACUUUGUUCAGUGAAAAGCACUAGUUCAAUGAUGUGUGAUUAUUAGGUAGGGAAAAGGAAGAAAGAACACUCAUCAUGGGAUACAAUAGAAGCUGGAUUUCAAGGAAUGAAAGUGACCAUGCCCUCUAUCAGGAUGUCACCAGAACUUUAGAAAUUAGGAAUGCAUCUAAUACACAAAUUGUGUGGAACAACAAAAGCUACAGUGGGAUUGGACCUUUGGAAAAUGGGGAAUACAGUGAGGCGCAAACCUACAGAUACUUCACUACCACUGUGCAAAUUGUCAUCUUUAUAGGCUCUCUGCUGGGAAACUUCAUGGUGCUGUGGUCGACCUACAGAACAUCUGUAUUUAAAUCAGUAACAAACCGCUUCAUUAUGAACUUGGCCUGUUCUGGGAUAUGUGCCAGUCUAGUCUGUGUGCCUUUUGAUAUAGUCCUUAGUGCCAGUCCACACUGCUGUUUGUGGAUCUACACUAUGCUCAUCUGUAAAAUUGUCAAAUUCUUGCACAAAGUCUUCUGUUCAGUGACCAUUCUUAGUUUUCCUGCCAUUGCAUUGGACAGAAAACAACCAGCACAAUGUGCAUGGAGAUAUUACUCAGUUUUAUAUCCUUUGGAAAGAAAGAUAUCUGAUGCGAAGUCUCGAGACCUGGUUAUCUACAUCUGGGCCCACGCUGUGGUAGCUAGCAUUCCAGUAUUUGCUAUGACCAACGUGUCUGAUAUUUAUGCCAUAUCAACCUGCACAGUAUCCUGGAGCUACUCCCUAGGCCACUUGGUGUAUGUCAUUAUUUAUAACAUCACCACUGUUAUAGUACCAGUGGCUGUGGUGUUUUUCUUCAUGAUUCUUAUCCGCAGAGCACUGAGUGCUAGCCAGAAGAAGAAAGUCAUCAUAGCUGCCUUAAGAACCCCUCAGAACACUAUUUCUAUUCCCUAUGCCUCCCAGAGAGAAGCUGAGCUUCAUGCUAUGCUGCUGUCCAUGGUUAUAAUCUUUAUUUUCUGCAGCAUCCCCUAUGUGACACUGGUGAUAUACCGCACCAUACUGAACAUACCAGAUAUUUCAGUCUUCUUGCUCCUCACUGCCAUCUGGUUGCCUAAAGUCUCCCUGCUAGCCAAUCCUUUGCUCUUUUUGACUGUAAACAAAUCUGUACGAAAGUACUUACUAGGGACAAUAUUGCAACUACACCGGAGGUAUAGCAGGAGGAACAUUAUCAGCUCUGGGAAUGUUGUAGAAGCCAGCUUGGAGCCCCAUGUCCGUUCUGGUAGCCAGCUUCUGGAGAUGUUUCACAUUGGACAGCAGCAAAUAUUCAAGCCCACAGAGGAUGAUGAAGAGAAUGAAACAAAAUCCAUUGGUUCUGGUGAGUUUCAGCAGAAGGAAAUCCCUACCACCAGUUUAGAGAUAGAACAGACAACAGUUCAGAAAUGUCUACCACACACUGUUGCAGACUCUGCUGCUCAAGUGGCCCCAGCUAUGGCCACAGAAGCAGAUGUGGUCAAUGACAAAUAUUCCAUACAGUUCGGCUUUGGGCCUUUUGAGUUGCCUCCACAGUGGCUCUCAGAAAAUCGCAACAGUAAGAAGCGACUGCUGCCCCCUUUGGGGAAUACUCCUGAAGAGCUCAUCCAGACAAAGCAGCCCAAAUGUAAAUCAGAAAAA